CACAUGGUCGCCUGCCAUUUGUUCUUGUUUCCUGUUGCAUGAGAGCUUCUUCAGUUAUCGUUGGCAUUCAUGAGCAUAGUUGAAAUAUUUUCGAAAAGUUGUAUUGUAAAGAAACUUUUUUCACAUUAGUUAAAAAGUAAGAAUCACACAGUGUAUAUUAGUAGUUAAUAUUCAUUAUUCACCAUGGAUGAUGAAGCUGAAACAUACAAACUAUGGAGAAUACGCAAAACAGUCAUGCAACUUUGUCACGAUAGAGGUUAUCUUGUAACACAAGACGAGUUGGAUCAGACUUUAGAACAAUUUAAAGACCAAUUUGGCGAUAAACCCAGUGAAAAACGUCCAGCUAGAGGUGAUUUGAUUGUUUUAGUAGCUCAUAAUGAUGAUCCGACUGAUCAAUUGUUUGUAUUUUUCCCUGAUGAACCAAAAAUCGGUAUCAAAACAAUCAAAACGUAUUGUCAGCGUAUGCAGGAAGAAAAAAUUCACAGGGCUAUUAUUGUUGUUCAACAAGGAAUGACACCUUCAGCCAAACAGUCGCUGGUAGACAUGGCCCCAAAAUAUAUUUUGGAACAGUUUUUAGAAUCAGAAUUAUUGAUUAAUAUAACAGAACAUGAGUUAGUGCCAGAACAUAUUGUACUAACUCCUGAUGAAAAGGAUGAAUUACUUACCAGAUAUAAGUUGAAAGAAAAUCAAUUAAUGAGGAUUCAAGCUAGUGACCCGGUAGCACGAUACUUUGGAUUAAAACGUGGUCAAGUAGUUAAGAUUAUUCGUCCAUCGGAAACUGCAGGUCGAUACAUUUCUUAUAGGCUUGUUUGUUGAUAUAUUAAGUUUGUAUACAUAAUUAUAUAUAAAUUAUUUACUUUUGUAUUAAAAUAAAUAAGAUAUCUAAAUAAAUCUUCAAUUAUUUAACAUA